AGUGCAGUGAAAAUGGCGCAGGAUAGUACGGUGCCCAGUGAUCUCUACCAGCAUGUGUACUCGUUUCUCGUGGAGAACAAGUUCGCCAAAGCCGCGAAAGAGUUUUUAAAGCAGGCUAAAGUGAAAACUCAGGACCAAAAUGAGGACAGUCUUCUGGACAUCUUCAGUUUUUGGGUGAAGUCCCCUGAGACCAAAAAGCGCAAAGCGGUCACCAAUGGCCCCGGGGCGGUCAACGGCCCCUCAGCUAAAAAAGCAAGGAAAGAUGAAGAGAGUUCGAGUGAAGACUCUAGCAGCGAUGAGGAAGAUGCUGCACCUGUUAAGAAAGCCACAGAAGUGAAAGCUGCUCUAGCGAAGCCAGCAGCUUCAAAAGCAGAGAGCGACAGCUCUGAAGACUCCAGUGACUCUGAAGAUGAGGCUCCAGCUAAAGUUCCAGUGAAGACACCUGUGGCUGUGAAACCCGCUGUUCAGCCUGUGGUGGCGGGCAGGAAAAAAGACAGCAGUUCCAGCAGUGAGGAGUCGGACUCUGACGAGGAGCCUGCCAAAACUCCAGCUGGAGGGGCCAAACCUGUGACGUCGACCCUUAAGGUGCCCUUUGCAACCACUCAUGCAGCUGCAGCCCAGAAGAAGCAGGACAGCAGCAGCAGCAGCGAGGACAGCUCGAGUGAAUCUGAGGAUGAAACACCAGCAAAGACGGCAGUAAAAGCACCUGUCCCAGUGAAGACACCUCCAGUCAAGCCAGCGGCGCCUGCAGAGUCCAGCAGUGAAGAGUCAUCCUCGGAUGAAGAAGAGGCUCCUCCAUCAAAGAAACCCAAGACUGGACAAUUCAGUGCUGUUCCACCCCCCAGGACACUGACCGCUUCUGCUCCAGUCAAAGCUAAACAAGCCCCUGCAGCCCCAGUUAAGACUGUGACCCCCAAACCUGCAGCUAAGAAGGACUCGUCCAGCUCUGAUUCAAGUUCAGAGGAUGAGGCACCGAAGCCAGCGGUGAAAGCCGCACCAGCUAAAGCAGCUCCAGUUAAGCUGGCACCUACAAAGGUUGCUCCUGCUCAGGAGGAGGACUCUUCGAGCUCAGAUUCAAGCUCGGAGGAUGAAGCAGCAAAACCAGCUGCCAAAAUCACACCUGCAAAAGCUGCACCUGCUAAAGUCACACAAGUUAAAGCCACAACUGCCAAAGUGGCUCCCACUGCAGAUGAGUCUUCAUCUUCUAGCUCUGAUGACUCUGAUGACGAGGAGACCGCCAAGAAACCAGCCACUAAAGUUGUCCAGGUUAAACCUGUGCCAGCCAAGAAAGCUCCGGCUAAAGUCACACCGGCUGCAAAAGAAUCGUCAUCGUCUAGUUCUGCAGACUCUGAGGACGAGGAACCUGCGGCUAAACCGGCUCCAGCAAAGGCUGCCCCAGCUAAAGGUGCCCCUCCAAAGAUGACCACUGCUUCAAAGACACCUGCUAAGAAAGACGAUUCCUCAAGUUCAGAUUCAGAUAGUUCUGAAGAUGAGGCACCAGCUAAACCAGUUGCCGCAUCCAAACCUGUGAGCACUCCGAAACCUGCUGUUAAACCUGUGACGAAGCCCGCUGAAAGCAGCUCCGACUCGGACAGUUCUUCAGAGGAAGAUGAGGAACCUCAAAAGAAACCUGCCACCAAACCUGCUGCUACUCCAACAAAACCUGCCCCAGCCAAACCCACUUCUGCAGCUAAACCUGCGAAAAAGCCCGCUGAAAGCAGCUCUGACUCGGAAAGUUCUUCAGAGGAAGAUGAGGAACCUCAAAAGAAACCUGCCACCAAACCUGCUGCUACUCCAACAAAACCUGCCCCAGCCAAACCCACUUCUGCAGCUAAACCUGCGAAAAAGCCCGCUGAAAGCAGCUCUGACUCGGAAAGUUCUUCAGAGGAAGAUGAGGAACCUCAAAAGAAACCUGCCACCAAACCUGCUGUUACUCCAACAAAACCUGCCCCAGCCAAACCCACUUCUGCAGCUAAACCUGCGAAAAAGCCCGUUGAAAGCAGCACUGACUCGGACAGUUCUUCAGAGGAAGACGAGGAACCUCAAAAGAAACCUGCCAGUACACCAGUAUCCAAACCCGCUGCUACUCCAGCAAAGCCCACCCCUAAAGCCGCCGUUAAACCAGCCGAAAGCAGCUCGGACAGCUCUUCAGAGGAAGAGGAAAUUCAGAAGAAACCUGCCACCAAGCCGGUGUCUAAACCCACCUCUACCCCAGCCAAACCCACCCCUACUGAUAAACUAGCCCCUAAACCUGCCACCAAAUCAGCCAAACCAUCACCAACUGUUGCGAAGAGCCCUGCGCCUGCUGCCAAAACCCCUGUACUGGCCAGCAAGCCUGCAGCCGAGUCUAGCAGCUGCGACUCAGACAGUUCCAGUGAAGAUGAGGCGCCGGCAAAGACAACUGUGACUCCCAAAGCCAUGGCUAAACCUGCAGUCGGCAACGGAAAGGCUGCAACACAAACCCCCACCUCUGCUGCGAAGACGCCGGCCAAGAAGACUGCAGAGGCUUCAUCCUCAAGUGACAGCAGUUCAGAUGAAGAAGAGCAGCAGCCGAAAACACCUGUUGUAAAAACACCACCUGCUACAAAAACACAGGCUGCUAAAGCCAAAGCAGAGAGCAGCACAUCAGAGGACUCUUCAUCUGAGGACGAGGAAACAACAAAAGUGGCCAAGACACCUGUUACUUCAGCAAACGAUACACAGAAAAAAAGGAAGAGGAAUGAGGAAGAAAAGAUGGAAAAUAAAACACCCAUGAAUAAGAAAACCGCCACAUCCACACCUCAUACGGUUCCUAAAGCCAAACAGAAGGCAACCAAUGCUCCUUUCCGUAGAAUAAGAGACGACGAGAUUGAAGUAGACCCCCGGCUUGCAGACAAUUCUUUUGACGCCAAGAUGGGAGCCAGCGGAGACUGGGGGCAAAAAGCCAACAACAUUCUUAAAUUCACCAAGGGCAAAUCUUUCCGCCAUGAGAAGACCAAGAAAAAGCGUGGCAGUUACAGAGGCGGUGCCAUCUCUACCACAGUGAAUUCCAUCAGGUUCGAGAGUGACUGAGAUCCAAACCACACAAGCAACAUCAGAACUCAUCCCAUCUAUUUCUCCUCUCCUUUGCUGUAUGAGCUCUAGCAAGCAAUGUUCGGACCCGUCUACCUUCUCUUCCUGCACCUGCACGGCUGGCGGUACACUGACACUGUUCUGCGAUCAGUACCGUUGGGCCAGCACAGACUGAAGGCAGCAACAGAAUGUAGUCAGGUCCAUAUUGAUGUCUUUACCUUUUACAUGCCUUGAUGCAGUUAGACAUGGAAACCACAUGGUGGCACCGGUUCAUUGAGUUCUGCAAUUUAAAUGCAUUUUGAUUAGCUUCCAUGUAAAAAUCAGUGUUUUUGGCAGUACUAUAAAAUGUUCUUUGAGUUGGAAAUAUUAUGGAUGCUCAUUCUAACAGGCAGUUGUAAAUAUAGUACUAGAAAUUAUGGAAAUUUUUUUUUUUUUUUUUUUUGUGUGAUAUGAGAUAUCCGCUCUUUGUCGAGAGAAAUUAGGAUAAAUGUUGAGUUGUCUCUGAUGGUCAUGUCAAUAUAACAAAUGUAAUUUUUAUGGUUGUGUUAACAUGUAUGAGCCUAUCCACGUGUCUUGAGCCUGGUGAUUUUUAUUUUUUUGUGUACGGUUCCAUUUGUAUUAGAAGCCAUCAAGUUAAUGACUCCGCCCAUUUCUGUCUGACUGACUCUAGAAGAACACCCACAACUGGCACGCAAAUCAUUUAUUCUUAUUCUCUGAUAUUUUAUUGUCCAUUCUGUUUACACAGGAUUUUUUUCUCCUUUAUUAUUAGUCUUAUAACUGUAAUUAAAAUCUUGACUGAUGAACCUCAA